GCAUAAUGGGCAAUGCAGGAAGUUCAAGUAUGCACAGGGAGCGCCACAAGUCGAGUGACAUCUCAACGCCAAACUCGCCUUUCAGAGAACUACCUCAACGAGGUGAUGGUGUUGGUGGUAGCAGUGGCGGUGUUGGAGGAGGUGGUGGCAUCGCCGCUGUAAGUGGUGGUCAGGCAUUCACGUUCGAUAAAAAACGUGAUUCAGUAUUGGCAGGUGGCUCGUCGCAAGAAGACGACGAAACAACAUCCGAACCAUACUAUACGAAAAUUGGCAAAGCCUCGAACGAACCGUCCGCCAAUUCCGGCGACCCCUCCUCUGAAUUAAGCUCAGCUGAAACGCGCAAACGCUCUGACAGCACAACAGAGGACACAAAGGAAGUGAGUUCACACGAAGCGAUGGCAAAUGCCAAAGACGACGUAAAGGAUAAAGACGCUGGUACAGGUGAAAAUAUGGAGUCACAAGAGGAUGACAAGAAUCCAUCGUUUAUUCCAACGGUAUUGCGCUGGGAUGGUGGCGGUCACAAUGUAAUGAUUUGUGGUACCUUUACCAAAUGGAAACCAAUACCGAUGGUGCGAAGUCAUGGCAAUUUUGUGACAAUUAUUGAUUUGCCCGAAGGAGAUCAUCAUUACAAAUUCUAUGUGGAUGGUGAAUGGAAACAUGAUCCAAAAUUGAAAAGCGUAGAAAAUGAUUCUGGCGAAACAACAAAUUUAGUCUCCGUUCGCCAAUCGGAUUUUGAAGUAUUUCAAGCAUUAGCCAAAGAUAGUGAGAAUGCCGUUAAUAAUGCCGACAAAGAGUAUUCACAAGAUGUGCCACAAACUAAGCCUUGGGAAAAGGUGUCGGGUCCACCAAUAUUGCCGCCACAUCUAUUACAGGUUAUCUUGAACAAAGAUACACCAUUGUCGUGUGAGCCUACCUUGUUGCCUGAACCAAAUCACGUUAUGUUAAAUCAUUUGUAUGCCCUAUCGAUUAAGGAUGGUGUUAUGGUACUCAGUGCCACACACCGCUAUCGCAAGAAAUAUGUUACCACUCUGCUUUAUAAACCCAUUUAA